AUGCUGAAUUUUGAUAUCAAGACCGCCCAGGAGAAGAGAGAGCUCGAUCUACAUGAGCUCGAGGAGAUCAUAUUGGAUGCCUACGAAAGCUCUAAGAUCUACAAGGAGAGGACCAAGGCAUUUCACGACAAAAAUAUCAUCCGAAAGGACUUGAAGGAAGGCGAUCGAGUGCUGUUGUUUAACUCUCGCCUGAAGCUGUUUCCUGGGAAACUGAAGUCGAGGUGGUCUGGACCCUUUACUGUCAAAGAGGUAUCCCCUUUUGGAGCGGUCACUCUGUUCAACAAGGAAGAGGCCCCAUUCACAGUCAACGGGCAAAGGGUUAAGCUCUAUCUUCGAGACUACGCAAUCCCAGAGGGGACAUCGAUUCCUCUCGCUGAGCCCCCAAGCCUAAUGAAUGAGGGAAGUCACAGAACAGGGAUCGAACAGGGAAGCUGGAAGGAACACAAGACGAGCUCGAUCGAGUCACUCGACGACGAGGUCGAGCCCUGCCAAGGUAAGAACCGACGAAACAGCGACGAGUCCUCACGAAGGAGAGCAGAGAUAACGCGAGGCAAGCGUCACGUCGAGUCCGAGGAUGACUUUGAGUUGGACGAGGAAAUGGAGGACAUCGAGUCGCCAAGAAACUUGAGAGACGAGCGACCCGUCCAUCCGCUGACCACAAACGAGAUGGCGCUCAUUCGUAUCUUCCGCAAAAUGAAAUUCGAAGGCACGCGAUACCCAGAGCCAAGAAGCGAUAGGAAGCUACGCAUCACCGACGAUGUGAACGCGAUGUUCGACAACUGA